GCAGGCUCUGUUGAAGUGCAGCAUGAUGACCUGUGCCACCACGCAACUUUCUAGGGCUCAGCUUCCUCAUCUGGAAUGUGGGACAGGCACUUUCCUGUUCCUAAACUCAUGAUUAGUUAUGCGUUCACUUGAAAUGUUCACACUGGGUGUAGCACACUGAUAUCCCCCCGGGGUCCAGGCACACGAGUGGAGGUGGGACAGGAGGCGUGGUGGCGGCUGGGAACGUGAGCCCAUGUCUGAAGCAGGCAGUCACUGCUUGCUGUAGUCCAUUGUUGCCAAGUAAUAUGGGCCAGUGUGGCUAGUGUUUCCAGGUUUUAAAGAUAAGUAGGAAAUGAAAUUUUUACGUGAACUCUUCUAGCUAUUAAGCAUUGGCAGCCAAAAGUGCUGUGUCUGCCAAUCAACACAUGUGUGCCAGCUGAAUCCAGCCUGCAUACUUCCAGUUUACAACCCUGCAUGCACUCCUGUCCCUUCUCUCCCAUUUUAUAAGGCACACAAAGACCCAGGGGAGUUGGGGUGGCAACCCAGGCAAGGACACGUUAGAAAGACCAGGGGCUUUGGAGUCGACCAGACUUGAGCCCAAAGCUUUGACUGGAUAAUUUAUAAAGUAUGCAACCUUAAACAUGGUAUUGAAUUUCUUCAACUUUUCUGUAAAGGAGACUGAUAAUGGAAUUGCUCUCAUGAGGCUGUUGCAAUGAUGAAAUGAGAUGAUGUAUGUAUUAAUAACAAGCCUGAGCUGGACAUCAAUGAAUGUUAGUGACCUACACCAGGUGCUUAAUGAAUCCCAGCAGUGGAAAGGUCCUGAGGCCUCAUCUGAUCUGGUCUCACCAAGUGAGUGCCUGCCUUCUAGAUGCAUGGGGACUCACCACUCCCAGGACGAUUUCUUCUAGUUUGCGAUAGCUUUGCAUGUCAGAAAGUGUUUCCUUAAGUGAAGCUGAAAUUCUUAGUUUUCUGCCAUCUAGGAUUAUAAAAGUGAAGCUUAAUCUCUUUCACAUAAGAGAACAUUGAAGGAGACUGUCACCCUCAUGUUUCCUAUUUUUCCACCCAGUUCUUUACAUUUUUAAAAUAAGUAUUUCAGUACUUCCAAUGGUUCCUUGUCAAUGAAAAUAACAAAAUCAUCAAAUUACUUAAUGCUCACAACCCUAUGAGGAGGCAUCCAUUUUAAAGAUGGUGACAAUAAAGGGUAGAGGGAUUAAUAAUUUGCUUGAAAUUCCUGUUUUUAAUGUCCCUCUUGAGGUGUAAACUAAACAGUAAGUCUGGCACCACGUUUAUUCUGGGUGCAAUAAUUUUCUUUCUUUUUUUUUUUUGAGGAGGAGUUUCACUCUUGUUGUCAAGGCUCGAGUGCAAUGGUGCCAUCUCAGCUUACUGCAACCUCCGCCUUCUGGGUUCAAGUGAUUCUCCUGCCUCAGCCUCCCAAGUAGUUAGGAUUAUAGGCAUGUGCCACCACACCCAGUUAAUUGUGUAUUUAGUAGAGAUGGGGUUUCACUAGGUUGGUCAGGCUGGUCUCAAACUCCUGAUGUCAAGUGAUCAACUGUCUUGGCCUCCCAAAGUGUUGGGAUUAUAGGCGUGAGCCACUGCACCUGGCUAGGUGCUACAUAUUUCUUAAUAUAUCCCAAGAUUGGAUACAUUCUUUUGGUAAAUAUGAAGUCAGCUAAAAGUCUGAAGUCUUUUGCAUGUAUGCUGUCUCAGCCAUGGCUUCCCCAAUCCAGUACUAGGGUAGUUAGUGGGUUUUGCAAGCCAAAUACAGGCCUUUAUAUGUAUUCCUACUAAAUCUCAUUGUGCUAAUCCCUGUUCACUGCUCUACUGUGUCAGAAAAUUUGGGGAUCAUGAUUUAGUCACAAGACUUGUGAUUUUAGUCCCCAGAUUUAUCUCAUUUUCUCAGUGUGCCCUCAAUUUCCUUUUUAAAGUCAAGGGAGUCAGAUAAGACUAAUAUACUUAAAAUCCAUGUUUCUUUCAUUUAUCAAAGAUUUACUGAGCACCUUCUGUGUACUAGACCCUGUGCUGGUCCUGGGGUUAUUAUGAUAAGCAGGAUGGACUCAGUCCUGUCUAGAGCUUGUGAGAAGUGAGUCCUGUAUGAAAGGUCAGUAGGAGCACCAUCCCGAGUUUGGGGGGGCCCAGGGUGCUUCCCAGAGGGGUGAUAUUUAACUUGAGACCUGAAAGAUGAGGAAGAGUGCGCUGUUACACAGAGCUGGGUGGGGGGAAUGGGGAAGUGUAGAAUGUCCCGGCAGAGCAUCCUCAGUCUAUAACCCUCUUACUGCUCUUUUCCCAUCCUGCUCUGCAUUAUGGUUAAUUGAAACCCAUUUUCUUUGACCUAUCAACCUGCAGGCCCCUUAAAAGUUGUGGGUAUCAUCUUUGUACUUCCUACUCUGUCCGGCACAGUGUUUUUCACACAUAGGGAUUAUUACUGAUCACUGCUGCCUCCUAAGUAUUAGGCAGUCUAUAUUAUCUCAUUUAGUCUCCUGAUAGUCCCAGGAAGUAAUACUCUUCUCACUUUACAGUUGAGAAAAUCAAGCUCAAAAAAUGGUAAUAAUGAAUGAAUAGUAGUAUUAAGAAUAAUUAACACUUACAUAGUGCAUACUACACACCAAAUACUGUCCUGUUUUGCAUUAUAUGCACUCUUGACUAUGGGAGGUGGUUACAGGCAAGAGCUUUGUUUCCAUCUCUUCCCUGCGCUAGUUAUAUAACCUUGAAAAAGUUACUUAACCUCUCUGAGAAAUAAAUGGAGAUGACUAUGAUAAUACUUUCCCACUAAGAUCAGGAUCAAGGCAAAGAUGUUCCCUCUCACAACUACUUUUCUUUUUUUUUGAGACGGAGUUUUGCUCUUGUUACCCAGGCUGGAGUGCAAUGGCGUGAUCUAGGCUCACCACAACCUCCACGUCCUGGGUUCAGGCAAUUCUCCUGCCUCAGCCUCCUGAGUAGCUGGGAUUACAGGCACACGCCACCAUGCCCAGCUAAUUUUUUUGUAUUUUUAAUAGAGACGGGGGUUUCACCAUGUUGACCAGGAUGGUCUCGAUCUCUUGACCUCAUGAUCCACCCACCUCGGCCUCCCAAAGUGCUGGGAUUACAGGCUUGAGCCACCGCGCCCGGCUACAACUACUUUUAAGCAUCACGCUGGAAGUCUUAGCUAAUGCAAUAAGACAAGAAAGGGAAAUAAAAGGUAUACAGAUUGGAAAAGAAAAAAUAAAAUGGUCUUUGUUCACAGAUGAUGUGAUCAUCUGUAUAGAAAAUCAAAAAGAAUGAACAAAAAUACCCCUGUAACUAGUAAGAGGUUAUAGCAAGCUUGCAGGACACAAAGUUAAAUUCAAAAGUUAGUUGCUUUCCUAUAUAUCAACAAUGAAAACAAGUAGAAUUGAAAUGAAAAACACAAUACCAACUGGGAAGAGAGCCGAAGCUCAGUCACCUUUCAAGGACCCAGAUGUAGGGUUUUGGCCUACGUAACCGGGCAGAGAUGUGGUUCAAGAUUCUCCCCGGACUUGCUGCCAUGAGCAUGUGCUUGCUUAUUCCAGGACUGGCUACUUCGUACAUCCACAGGUUGUCUGUCGGCGGCAAGGAAAAAAGGGUUGCUCAUGUUUUGUAUCCAUGGAAUUUGAUGGAAAGAGAUAGGUGCAUCUCUGGAGUUCAUCUUUACUGUAUGUCAAAGGGUUUGGAGAACAUUGAUUAAAGAAGCAUUUUCCUGAUUGAGGAAAAAAUAACUCAGUUAUGGUCAUCUACCCCUACUAGAAGGUUAUUCAGUAUAUUAUGUAGCAUGCAGUGCGUUAUGUAGUGCUUAAUCAAAACAAAAUGA